AUGGGUGGAGAAAAUGCUUCAUUAGGAGAGAUGCCAUGGGCUGUAGCAUUAUUUCAUGGCCGAAUAUACGUUUGUACGGGAACAUUGAUAUCACGAAAACAUGUUAUCACAGCUGCACAUUGUUUUAAAAGGCUUUUUGCUACAAGACCAUGCAACGUAUCUUUUGGUUAUUACCAAAAAGUAGCUCUGGAAAAGUAUAGUGUUUUAUAUGGUAGCAAUUGUAUAAAACAACAGAAUGAAAAUUCAUGUAACAAUGCGCCAGAAAUGAAAAUAAGCCGAAUCGUCAGGGCGCAAUAUGGACGGUUUUUUAAUGAGAGGUGUUUAAUGGCAGAUUUUGCACUGCUAGAAUUGGAGGAUAUAAUUGAAGAACCAUUAACCAAUUAUAUUUGCUUAUGGCAUCGAAAUAUUAUCAGAGAAGAUGAUCGAAUUCGGUUAACUGGUUAUGGUUGGGGUUCCGUUCCAUCCUUUGAUGGUGAAGAGUUAGCAAAUAAUCUACAGGUGAUCAAUUUUCCAAAAACAAUGAAUCGACUGGAAUGUUUGCAAAUAUCAAAAACAAAAGAUGCGAUUUGUGCAGUGGAAAGUAGGGUAGCAAGCACAUGCCGGGUUAAUUAA